AUGGCGGGGCGGCACGACCCUCGCGAGGCGUGGGACCGCCGCCUCGCGGCGCGUCGCGCGCACCGCGGGCGUCGCUUCGUCGUCAAGCUCGUCGUCGUCGCCGUCGUCGCCGCCGUCGCCGCCGCGGUCGACGGCGCGUCGUCGACGCGGGAUCCCGACGCGAACGUCGUCGUCGGCGCGCCCGAGGCGACGACGACGUCGUCGUCGUCGUCGUCUCGCGACCCCGGCGCCGCGCGCGUCCUCCUGAACGAGCGCGCGCACCUCGCGACCGCGGCGGUCCAUCGCUCGCGCCGCGGCCGCCGCCGCCGCGAGGACGCGUCCGCGCCGUGGCUUCGACCCGCGGAUGCGGCGGAGGAGGAGGAGGACGUCGACCAUUGCGGUUCCGUCGCGAUCGACGCCGCGCGCGACAAGUGCGCGCACGUCGCGCGACACUGCGGGACGGACGCCACCGACGGCCUCGUGGACUACCGCCGCCUCCACUACUGCGUCAUGCGCCCCCACCCGACGCUCUCCGCCGUCCUCCUCCUCGCCGUCGUCGUCGCCGCGUUCUACCUCCUCGGAGAGACGAGCGAGGAGCGAUUCUGCCCCGUCGUGCGACGGCUCGCAGACGCGCUCGAGCUGUCGCCGUCCGCCGCGGGAGUCACGCUGCUCGCGCUCGGGAACGGCGCCCCGGACGUCUUCGCGUGCCUCGCCGCGUUCAGCGCGAGCGGCGGCGGGGGUGGGGGGAGUCGCGGCGGGACCCUGUCCGCGGUCCCGGGGGGCGACGUCGGCGGCGGGAUGAUCGGCGCCACGCUCAGGCGCGUUGUGUCUCACCCUGGUCCCCAUACGACCCCGUGCGCGCGGUGCACGCCGUUCCUCGAGGACUUUACUUCCCGGCGGCGUUUCUCUCCGCCCAGGGUCACUCGCUUUCAAUCCCGACUACUCGCCUCGACGGCCUUCAACUCCGACUGA